GGCCCUUAUUUGCAUCGUUUCAAAAGUUUAUCUGGCUCUGUCGGCGCGUCUUAAUACAACAAGAACAAAGCUGCUUGACUCCAGAAUUCACAUCAACCAUCUCUACUAUCGAUCUCAAAAAUCGGCCAUGCAACCUCCAGAGGAAAAAAAGAUUGUUAAUGUCGGCAUCAUUGGAUGUGGUGAAAUUGCUCAGGUGGCUCAUAUUCCAACCCUUGGGUUCAUGCAUCGCUGGUUCCGCAUCACCUACUUAUGCGAUGUGUCACCAACUGCGUUGGAACAUUGCGCAGCCAGAGUUCCAAAUGCACCAAAGACUACUCUCAAUCCGAAGCAACUCUGUGCCUCGUCAGAUGUUGACGUGGUCCUUGUGUGUAACUCGGAUGAGUACCACGCUGCACAUGCUGUUCUUGCACUUCAACAUGGCAAGCACGUAAUGGUGGAGAAGCCACUGGCUUUGACAAAACGCGAUAUCCAGGCGGUCAUCGAAGCCGAGAAACAGAGUGUUGGGAAAGUCAUGGUCGGUUACAUGAGGCGAUAUGCUGCACCCUUCGAAGAUGCAUUGCGAGAAAUAGGGGGCAUCGAUCAAGUUUUGUAUGCCCGGGUCAGAGAUAUCAUUGGACCGAACGCAGCUUUUGUUGGUCAAUCUGGAACCUUUCCUGAGAAAUUCGAUGAUAUCGCAGCGGAAGCUUCACGAGAGCGUGAGUCAAGAGCGAAGGAGAUGGUUGAAACUGCGCUCGGUGUUGAGUGUGGAGGCUUACCCGUGACGCCUGAGUCGACACUCAUGUGGCGGAUUCUCGGCGGACUUGGUUCUCACGAUCUAUCAGUCAUGAGAGAUGUUCUCGGCAUGCCUGAAAGAAUUGUGGGCUCAUCACUGGGAUACCCUUUCUGGAAUGUCUUGUUCAAAUACCCCAAGUUCACAGUAUCGUACGAAUCUGGUAUCGACAACAUCCCCCGCUUCGAUGCGCAUAUUGAGAUAUACGGUCUGAACAAGACAGUCAAGAUACAAUACAACACGCCCUAUGUCAAGGGCUUGCCAACUACCAUGCACGUCUCAGAAAAUAUCGAUGGCGUGUUCAAAGAGACCACCAUCCGUCGAUCAUAUGAGGACGCCUACACCUUGGAGCUGAAGGAAUUGUGGCAGCUGGUAACAGAGGGCAAGCCAGUCAAAACGACUCCGGAGGAUGCUCUGCAUGACUUGGAAAUAUUCUCUAUGAUCAUGAUGCAUGACAAGAGCCUCCGGACUGGGUCCACAUGAGAGACUUUAGCAAAUCAAUACACCACUUCUUCCUUGUACAG